AAAAACCAUGACUCUUACUUUAUAGUUGUGCCUUUUUUUUUUUUUUUUUUGGUCUCUGAAAGUUUCACAUUGUCACAGGCAAGGGGGGUCCCCAACGGAGGCAGAUGCAGGUGAGAAUAACAGUAAUAUCUACAGCCCAGACUUGUUUUGAAGACGGGGUCAUCCAUGCACAAGCACGCGACCAUUUUAUACAUUGCAAGCUUGGUGGUUCCGCCCGGUCGCAGCAGAAAAGCACAGACGUCGCCACUUGGAGCAAAACUCUUGUCUCUGCAAAGUAUUUCCCACCCCAGGUUCUGCUAGGAGCCCAGCAGGUGGGAGCUCUGGGACAGAGGGAUGGACGGGGACUGAGGGAGGCCGGUUGUCAGAGCCCUGCAGUGACCUCAGCUCCCAGACAGGGUCCCAGGCCAGGUUCCAGCUGGCAUGUCCUCAUGACUUCCUUCACCCUGGACAAGCACUGGGUUUGUGAUCCCAGCAUCAGAUCAGUUUUAAGUCACCACCUCCCAGCUCAUGGGAGGGGCUGGUUUCUCAGUGCUGGCGCCAUUGCUCUCUGGCUCACUAGGCUGGGAGCAGGGGUGGGGCCGCUUGUGGCCCAUAUAAGGACACCUUCCCAGGGAGGAUGGGCAGCCUUUGCUCUCACUGUCCCCUUGUCCCCUGCAGCCUCCCCGUUGCUUGCCCUAAGGGACUGGCCAGAGGUUCUGUGCCAAGCUGAACCCCUCUCCUGUUUACUGUAGCUCUAGCCUGUGUCAUAGGGCUCACCGUUCAUGUCACCUACCUACUAGUGUCAUUAUUUGCAGACUCCAUUUAAAACCGGAUCUCCGAGGGUAGGGCCUUGACACUCUUCAUUUACAACGCCCUGUCCCCACCCCAGGAACUGUGACUGCAGUCCCCAGUUCUCGGGGCAAGGCCUGGUGGGGACCCGUCCCGGGCCUGUUAGGGACCAGGCCAUGCAUCACUGCCCUCCAGCCCCAGUGGAAAAACU